AUGGCGCAGGACCUUUUGGGGGCCCUGGCGCUGCCGCGGCCCUCACUGGACCCUCUGGGGCCCCUUGCUGCUGCGGCAGCAGCAGCAGCAGCAGCAGACGCGGCAGAGUCCGAGCCCACCACUACCGACGCCUCCCGCCUUUCCCCAGCAGAACUCACCCCCAGCCAAGAGGGGCCCCUCCAGGAGAGCCCCAGGGGCCCUUUCGAGGAAUUCCCGGGCCCCCCUCCCCCUCCCGAGGGGCCCCCCCCUCCCGAGGGGCCCCCCGCUCCCGACGGGCCCCCCAGGGCCGGGGGCCCCCCCCCCCUGCAGGCGGGGGAAGCCGGGGGCCCCCCCCCCCCCCCCCCCCCGGGAGCCGGGGGCCCCCCCCCCCCUUCCCUUGAGGGGGAAACCUCGGGAGGGGGGGGGCCCCCGGGAAGGGGAAGCUUGGGGGCCCCCCCGCCUUGUUUGGGGGCCCCCGAGGAGGAGCCGAGCGAGGAGUGGGAGGCGGAGCUGCCUGCUGCUGCUGCCGCUGCUGCUGCUGCUGCUGCAGUGCCGGACUACGGGGCCCUUUACCGGGCAGUGAAGAGGGUUUGGGAAACUCCGCUGCUGCAGCGGCACUUGGAGUUAAGUAUGGAGAGAGAAGAGCUGCUGCACUUGUGGCAGGCAAAGAAAGACAGGAGUUUGCGGCGCUGCAACAGCUACUUCUUGUCGCGCAGGCCUUCUGCUGCUGCUGCUGCUGCUGCUGGCUGCCCGCAGCAGCAGCAGCAGGAGGGGAGCCCGCUGGUGCCGCCCUCGCCCACUUUGCUGUUUCCUGGAAGCAGCAAAGAGGCCCUCCGGGGCACUUCUGCUUCGGCGUCGACGACGCCGCCGCCUGCUGCAGCUUCUGCUGCUGCUGCUGCAGCAGCAACGCCGGCUGCCGCGGCGGCGCUGGGCGCGGCGGAGACGCCCGCGGCUGCUGCUGCAGCAGGGGGCCCCGGGGGCCCCGGGGGCCCCUGUCUCUCGCUGCUGUCGCACAGCUUCUACUCAGCAGCAGCAGGAAAGUGCUUCUUGGAGUUCCAGGCCAUGGGGGCCGAGCUGCUGACGCUGCAGCUGCUGCUGCAGGAGCGGGCGGACUGCUGCUUCUCGGGUGUACAGACACCCGGCGUGGUGGAGCGCGCGGGGGCCGUGCUGCAGCAGUACGUGGCGCAGGCUGCUGCGAUCCGGGACAGUUUGUGGGGUGUUUACCUGCGGUGUACGUACACCCCGGAGGGGCCCCUUUUCUCCAGAAACCCCCAACUGAACUCCAAGUACUUGUGGGGUUUGCGGCGGCUGGUGGGGGCUGGGGUGUACGCGCAGCAGGAGAUGCAGCAGUUCGUGAGUUUCACGCGCAGCACGGCGCUGCAGCAGCAGCAGCAGGCCGCAGCAGCAGCAGCAGCAGCCAGCAGCAGCAGAACCAAGCGCCUCGCGCUCCUCAGACGCACUUCUGCAGAAGCUUUAAUUCCUUUCGAAGUUUAUCUUGUCUUUGCCCCUCCUGCAUGCGGCUUCGCGCAAAGCCCCAAGCCCACUGCGCGGGCGCGCCAGGCGCCCCCCAGCGCUCUCUUUGCUGCUGCUCUCAGAGCAGCAGCAGCAGCAGCUGCUGCUGCUGCUGCUGCUGCGGCGAAGAAGGCGGCGCCUGGCGCUGCGGCGGCGGCCGCAGACAGGGACGACGCCGCCGGAGCAGCGGCAGCAGCUGCUGCUCCUCCUGCCGCAGGCCCCGCGGAAGCAGCAGCAGCAGCAGCGACGCCAAGAGCAGCAGCAGCAGCGACGCCAGCAGCAGCAGCAGCAGCAACGGCGGAGACGGAGAAGCAGCUGGGCGCGCUGCGGCUCACAGACGCGGAAGGAACUGAAGGCAAAUGA